UAGAAAUCUUAUUCUCUUUUUUCCCUUUUGAUCUCCGGAUCAACAACUAAGAGAUAGAUAGAUUGAUGGCGCCGAUUCCUUGUUUGAAGGGUUGCGGCUUCUUCGGCAAUCCAGAUCAGCGCAAUCUCUGUUCCCAGUGCUAUAAAGAUGAGAUCCUUGCAUCAGUGAGGACAUCGAUCCAGAAGCAAAUCCAUCUUGAGAAGGAGAUGACGGAUCUGAAAGUUGAGCCAGUGGUGCCAUUGCCGGCCAUUAAGACGAAGACAGUGACGAAAACCACAAAGCGAUGCGAAUCUUGCAAGAAAAAAAUAGGGCUGACGGGUUUCAGCUGCAAGUGCGGCGGUGAAUUUUGCUCUUCUCAUCGGCUGCCGGAGACGCAUCACUGUUCUAUUGAUUUCAAAGGUUCUGGUAAAAACUCCAUUGCCAAGAAUAAUCCAGUAGUCAAGGCUGAUAAAGUUCACAGGAUUUGAGAGUACUUUUCAUGGAUUUUUCAUUCAUAACUCCUUCAUUAAUUUCUCUUUUUUUUUCAUCUUCUCCUCUUCUUCUUCUCUUCUUCUUCUCCUUCUUCUUCAACUCUUGUGUGACUGUAUAUAAUUUUGAUGAAUAUGUAU